CUCAAACAACACAACUUACGCCUUUUUGCUUAAGCCCACAAUACCACUUUCUCAGAAACUUCAGAAAACAGUUGAGAGGAAGAAGAAGAAGAUGAAACGACGAAGAACCCUUUUAUAAAGUUUCAAUCUUUGAAUCCAAGAUCUGCCCUUUCAUCUCCGGCUCUCAAGCUUUCCCGAUCUUGUGAUGUAUUGAGAGAGACAGAGACAGAGACAGAGACAGAGAGAGAGAUGUUGUGCUUUAAAGGUUCGGUUAAGCGGAAGAAGCAAUCCGGUUCUGUUCCGGUUUAUCUGAAUGUCUACGAUCUAACACCUAUGAAUGCUUAUGGUUAUUGGCUUGGACUUGGUGUCUUUCACUCUGGUGUUGAAGUUCAUGGAGUUGAGUAUGCAUUUGGAGCACAUGAAUCUUCAAGCACAGGUAUAUUUGAAGUGGAGCCGAAGAAAUGUCCCGGUUUCACGUUUAGGAAAUCGAUUCUUGUUGGGAAAACAGACUUGGUUGCGAAAGAAGUCCGAGUUUAUAUGGAGAAACUAGCUGAAGAGUAUCAAGGGAACAAGUACCAUCUCAUUACAAGGAACUGCAACCAUUUCUGCAAUGAAGUUUGUAUUAAACUUACUCAGAAAUCGAUUCCUAGAUGGGUGAAUCGACUUGCUCGCUUAGGGGUUCUCUGCAAUUGCGUGUUACCACCGCGUUUAAAUGAGGCGAAAGUGAGGCGGAUAGGAAAAGGGGAGCUUUCGGAAAGCGAGAAGAAGAAACUAAGAAACCGAUCAAGAUCAGGUCCAUUACUCUCUUCUUCGUCCUCUUCUUCGACACCUGAUAAUCAUCGUUCACACAUUCGAGCAAAAUCAGCGGGUAGUAAUCAACCUUCUUCUUCUUCUACUACUUCAUCAAGUUCUAAGAAAAACCAAAGACCUAGAGCUCAAGACAAGAAGUCGCCAAGCGUAAGCGUCAAGACUUGAUUCUUAUCAUAUCAUUAUUUUGAAACAUUUGAUUAUUGUUUAUGAAAAAAAGGAGGAGACAAAGUAUAAAGACAAAAGACGAAACAGAGGAACAUGACAAGCAAAGUAUCAAUCAUACAUGAGCAUGCUCGUGCUUUUGUUCUUGAAGACCUUUAAAAAACCUUUUUGGGUGUGUGUAGAUCAUUUUUCUUGGUACAAUUUGCUUAUAGGACAGAGAGAGAGGUUAUGAGUAUGUACAAAAAGAACAUGAUUCAUAUAUUUUUCUACUGUUUAUCUCUCAUUUUUUGUUUCUUUAUUCCAAAGUCUUCUACACAUUGAUCCUCUUUGUGGUUAUCUCUUUUGUUUUUGAUAACAGAAAUGAUAAUGAAAUGGUAAUGAUGCCUGAUUAUAUAA